AACACAUACUUUAACCUCAAUUGUUAUCGUGGCCAUUUAUUUAUGUUUUUAUAUGCAUGUAUGUGUAUAAAUACAGAUUCAUAUAUAUAGAUAUACAUACAUACUUGUGCUUUUUUGGAGUGACAUCUCGGUGUGUUCGAAAUUUUUAAUCGAGAGAAAAGCACAAACAUGGGCCUGAUGGUUAUUUUUAUGGUCGUGGCCAUCGCCUCGGCCUUCUGGCUGUGGUGGCAGAGACGCGCGGCUACGGGGAUGAUGGCCUUACCGCCUGGACCCUCCGGUUUUCCGAUGUUCGGGUAUCUGCCUUUGCUGGACGCGAAAGCUCCGCACCGCACCCUGGCUAAGCUUUGCGUCAAGUACGGAAAGGUUUUCGGUCUGCACCUGGGUAACGUCUAUACGGUGGUUCUGAGCGAUGCUCGACAGAUUCGAAAGGUUUUGGCUAUGGACGCAGCUUCAGGUCGCGCCCCUCUGUACCUAACGCAUGGGAUCAUGAAGGGUUACGGUCUCAUCUGUGCCGAGGGCGCUUUGUGGAAGGACCAGAGGCGUUUUGUCCACUCCGCGUUGAAGAAGUUCGGAAUGCAUAAAUAUUCUGAAAAGAGGAAAGAAAUCGAGGCCCUCAUCCGUACGGAGAUCGACGAUUGUUUGAAAUUUAUCGAGAGCGACCCAUUGGUUAGUCCAGAGGAUGUACUGAGACACAACAUAGGGAACGUCAUCAAUAGCUUGGUCUUUGGGGUUCGGUAUGAAAGGGACGACCCUAUUUGGCUUUGGUUGCAAUCGCUACAAGAGGAAGGCGUCAAGCACAUCGGCGUCGGAGGAGUUUUGAAUUUCGUUCCAUCAUUUAGAUUUAUUCCGAAAUUCCGUAAAAUUUUUAAUUAUUUGCUUGAGGGUAAACACAAGACGCAUCAGGUCUACCGCGAGAUCAUCGAGAAGCGAAAGAAGUCUUCGAAAAAAUUGGAUGGAAGCAACAUCCUUGAAGCUUUCCUUCUGGAACGAAGCAGCACGGUUGGGGGUAAGAACGAGGCGUUUUACACGAAUCAGCAAUUCUACCACCUUUUGGCGGAUGUCUUCGGGGCCGGAUUAGACACGACUUUGGUCACUAUAAGCUGGUUCUUUAUGUUCAUGGCGGCCAAUCCCGAGGAGCAGGCCAAAGUUCAUAAGGAAAUCGUCGAAUUUGCGGAAGCCUAUCAACAUCCCAUCGAUUUAAACGAUCUUCCGUAUCUUCCGCUUCUGGAAGCUGCCCUAUCCGAGACCCAACGUAUCCGAUCCGUCGUACCGCUGGGUUUACCGCACGGUGCCCUCCGCGACAUUCAGCUGGACGAUUUUAUCAUCCCCAAAGGUUCGAUGAUCGUCCCCUUCCAAUGGGCAAUCCACAUGGACCCUGAGACGUACCCCGAUCCGGAAACGUUCCGACCGGACCGCUUCAUCGACGAGCAAGGCAAAUUCUUCAAAGGCGAAGCCUUCAUUCCUUUCCAAACAGGAAAUCGAAUGUGCAUCGGGGAGGACCUUGCCAAGAUGCUGAUGCUGCUGUUCUCAGUCGAAAUCCUUCGACGUUUCGAAAUCAUUGCUCAGGGAAGCUUGGAUUUGGAAGGCGUCACCGGGAUUACUUUGGCGCCGAAACGGCAACUUCUUCUGUUCAAGAAAAGGCUUGAAUAAUUAUUUCUUUUUCUGACCUUACUCUACCUUCUCAAUACAAACUUUACAUAUGUUGACAUUUCCGGAUGUUUAUAAUAAUAGUAAUGGCAAUUUUACCUUGAAAUAAACAAUGCCUUUUUUGUUACAAUUUGCAACAUCCGGAGUUCCCGGAAAAUAUCCAAAAUGUAUUUUUAAAUAACAAUAUUGAUCUCAUUUGUGACU